GUCACCGACCAUGAAACUUCCGCUUUACCUUUUGUUGGAUCAUGUGCAAUGAAAUUGUAAUGUGAAACAAAUUGAACAUAAAUAUUGUUAAAAAGACAUUUUUGUAUGUCAUUUGCUAUGAUUCGGUUUUAUAAGAAAAUUUGAAAGUUUAGAUAGUGAGACAGUUAUACUAAUGGAUGCAUCUCUUACAUUAAGUGGUAUUGUACUGACUUUGAUAACAUUACUUGUGUUGUCAUGGUGGACAAAAUGGUUCAGUAAAAAACGGUAUCCACCUGGACCAUGGGGCUUCCCUAUACUAGGACACCUGCCUUUAUUAGGAGAAAAACCGGAGUUAAAGUAUUUGCAGUGGCGGAGAAAGUACGGAGAUAUUUUUCGUAUACGCUUUGGUAGUUGGGAAACAAUAAUUGUUAAUGGACAUGAAGCUAUUAAAGAUGCCGCGGAACGAAAGGACGAUGCCUUUUCCGGGAGACCCGAAUUCGUUUCACAAAUUGCUAUCAAAGAGCAAUUCGAUGGUUUAGAAGCUAUUAGUUUUUGUAACUUUUCACCGACGUAUCUUCAAGUCAGAAAACGGACAACAACGGCCAUACGAACAUAUAUCAAUAAGUGCGAUUAUCCUCCAAAUGAACUGUUUCGGGAAGAAGCUGAAAAAUUAACAGAAAAACUAUUGAGAUAUCCAUGUGAUGAGCCCGUAUCUUUAGAUUUAGAUAUUCAGUUGGCUGUUAUAGGUACGUUGUAUCAGAUGCUUUACGGCAGAGGAAAAGAAGAUGAAAUAAAACCACACUUGAACUUAAUCAUUGAAUCAUCGGACACGUUUACAAAAUUUGUCGAGUCUGGAAAUUUAGUUGAUGUUAUUCCUUGGUUAAGGCAUGUGAAACAAAUGGAGGUGGAUCAAUUCAAAAAAGCGAUAACAGCAACUUAUGGCAUCACAAAAUCGAAGAUUUCUGAACAUAGAACUUCAUACCAGAAUGGCCAAACAAGGGAUAUUUUAGAUGUCUUAUGUGAGCUAUCAGAGGAUUUACCCGAUCAUGACAGCAACGGUAAAACAUCAGCCACACUUUUACAAUUUCAAAUUUCGACAUUGCAAGGUGCCGGGUUUGAAACAACAAGUCGCCUGUUACUGUUCAUCAUCUUAUAUCUGACUAAAUAUCCAGACGUACAGGAGCGUGCACAGAGAGAGAUUGAUCAAGAAUUAGGAAGUAACAGGAAUAUUUCUGAAAAAGAUCAGGCGAGCCUUCCGUACGUAAUGGCAACUAUCCUUGAAGUUAUGAGAAAAGCAUCAAUAACUCCAUUCGCUCUACCUCAUUUUACACUGCAUGACACAAAACUGCGAGAGUAUGACAUCGACAAAGGCACAGUUGUCUUUUUUAACUAUCAUUCAGUAGCAAACGAAGAGUCAUAUUGGGGUGAUCCGGAAAUCUUUAGACCUGAAAGACUUCUUGAUGAUUCAGGUAAACUGGACAGGGAAAAAGCCUCGUAUAUCCUUCUAUCCACAUUUGGCACGGGACGGCGUCAAUGUCUCGGUGAGGCGUUAGCAAAAAUGAACAUUUUCAUUGUAAUUUCAACUUUGCUACAGCGCUGUUCAUUUCAGAAACCUGACGGAUGUGACCUUGAUCUUGAACCCAUUAGAGGUCUUAUUCUGUCGCCAAAACCAUUCAAAGUCAUUGUGAAAAGAAGAUUCUAGACGAAACUUCUAUUCCUGUGAUGUUAAUAAAUCUUUAAACUAAUGAAGACAAUAAGAUGGUGUAUUAACAAAUUUGGACAGAAAGGGAACAGAUAAAUAUAUCAUCGAUAUUAAGUUUGACUGAUCCUAAAAAAAUUGGACCUUGUCAAUGGAGUAUGAUGAUUAUUUCAUAAUACUACUUUAAGCGGCCUUCGUCUUUCAUUUACUUUUGGAAAAAACAGUUCUGUGUUGUUUCAAACUAAGUAAUUAAGUAAUUUUAUCUUGGAAAAGUGCAUCACAUCACUGUAAAGCCUUCUUUAUCGUACCGAGAGCUUUUUAUAACGCGUCUGUGACGUUCGUUUCUAACAAUAAAUUGUCAAAUACAAAGAGCGGACCGGUAGAGUAGGGGUAUCAAGGGGAUUUUCUUAUUGUUUAUGUACUUAAUUUUCAUAUAUGAAAGGUUUUAUCUAAACAAUAACAUAUUUAAUCAGACUGAGACCGCUUUCGCCUUUGAACGUUUAUAUUCACUAUAAUUAUAACUGAGCAUAUUUGCCGCUUAUAAUUAACUUAGUAUAUCAUUACUGCAUUUUCUUCACAAAACAUUUUUUGAGAGCCUUCAGUUGGUCAGUUAGAAUCAGUAAAGGGAUUGACUAUAUUUUCACGAAGAAUAUAUUAUCAAUAUUUUCAUUUACAAUAUCUCAUCAAUAUUACAUCUAUGAACCUGUUCAAGAAGGGUUAAUUAAUGAUUCAACAUCUUGAAUGCUUGAUUCUGAUGACAUAUAUCUUUCAUUAUAUUACAUUACAUCAUGUUAUUUUAAAGUUCUAUUUAUCACCAAGUCUACAUCUAUGUUUGUUCAUAAAGAUUUCAAUUUUUAAUGUUUGUCAAAUCAUUCUUUUUUUUUUUUGGUAAUAUGUUUCAUCAUUAAUAAGCAGCAUCUCGCUCUUUUAACAGUACGCCAUAUAUCGUCAUCUACUGUAGAUAUUACUAUAGGGCCAACCUCAAUCAAGAGAUCUGAAACAUGCUUUAAUGACCAUAUCGUUAUAAGUUUCAUGACACUACUAAUUUCUGAAUCUAUUUACUUUGUUCGUACAUAAUCCUGGUCUUAUGUCACAUUUUGAGAAUGAACAUUCUAAAGUUUUGAAUAAGUUGCCUGUUUAAAAAAGAGUGGAACUGUAAUGUCGUUAGUUUAAUAAAAACUUCGGUGAUGCAGCUGAAUAUAUAGGUAAAAAACUAUAUUCAUUUAUAUGAGACAAGAUCAAGUAAAAGUUUAUUCUAUAUUGUUUCCAAAGUGUAAAAUGUAAUGGCGCAAAAUCAGUUGUAUAUCAUGGCUGUUAUAAAACUUUUUACUGUCAAAGUUGUCAGUCAAAAGUCAUUUUGUAAAUAUGUUAUUAUCUUAUGUUUCAACUUUAAACAUACGUUUGUAUAGUUUUUAUGAACACUAUUGGCUGACAUAAUUUUGGACUGUGAUAUUUUAUUUCACACACCAAUGACAAUAUCUUCAGUGCCUUAAGGCAACAAUGGAUGUAAGUGAUUUAGUUCUUUAUUUGUUUUAUCUUAAGUCAUAUGUGAUGGGUCUGGUUUCAUUUCUCAUAUAUUUCUUUUGAGUGUUUUAUUACUGGUUUAUCAUGUUUAAGAUAUGUACUAAAACGUUACUAUGAUGCACUACUUUAACGGGAUAGCAUUUAAUCAGAAGGUAAGUUUACGCCGAAUCAAUUAAUUAAAUUUACACAAAAAAUUAGAUAAAUUAACAACCGGAAUAAUUGAAUUGGUCAAAACGUGAUUACAACCUCUACACAUCAUAAAGACACAAUAUCU